CUCCCUGGAAGAAAAAAAAAAGGGGGUGGCGCUAAUUUGCGGACGUGGCGCCGGCGCCGCUCCGCUGCCUCGGCCGGGGCCUGGCCUGUCAGCGCGGAAAUAAGGCGAAGCGGCUCCUCGGAGGCGGCCAUUGCCAAGACCGGGUCGGAAGGGACAGGUGCCGCUGCCACUGUGAGGGGCGGCGAGAAGAGUCUGUCACCAUCUGGCCGGCUGCUGAGGCGGGAGGCUGGCAUGUCUCUUUCGCGGGCUGCCUCCCUCCACAAAGAGGAGCCCCUUCCUGAGGGAGGCAGACACCUUUUGACAGAAUGACAGCAAAAAAACAGAAUUUCAGUUUCCAGCUUCCUGCUGUAGUGCAGCCUACAGUGGACAAUCAUUUGUAUACAUUUGGGAAUGGUAUCAGUUCUGACAGUGAUGUGCUGGAAGAUGAAACAGAGCUGUAUGAACUGCGACCCAGGGGAAGGGAGAAAGUCCGAAGAAGUACAUCAAGAGAAAGGAUUGAUGAUAUCGUAUUUAUAACCAAGGAUAUAAAGGAAGGAGACACACUAAAUGCAAUAGCUCUUCAGUAUUGUUGUUCAGUAGCAGAUAUCAAAAGGGUGAACAAUCUUAUUACAGAUCAGGACUUCUUUGCACUGCGAACUAUUAAAAUUCCAGUGAAGAAGUUCAGUGUAUUGACUGAGACACACAGCUUUCCAAAAAGCAGGCAAGCUUCAAGAUCUGCCUCUACUUUGUACUCUACAGAAUCUCCAGAUGCAUCACAAGCUGCUGAGCCAUUCUCCACAGAGACUGUUGGUAACUUUUUGAAAGAAGUAGACCGUGAUAUAGAACAAAUAGUGAAGUGUAAUGCUACAAAGAGAGAGAAUCUUAAUGAAGUUGUUUCUGCCUUAUCAACCCAACAGUUAAACUUUGAACCGGACGGUAAACCCAUCAAGCGGAAAGAUCCUCAUUAUGGAGCAGACUGGGGAAUAAGAUGGUCAACAGCUGUAGUGAUAAUGGUAGUGGUGGUAAUAAUAACUCCUGUUUUUUAUCUUUUAUACUAUGAGGUUUUAGCUAAAGUGGAUGUCAGCCACCAUUCUACAGCAGAAUAUACUUCAGUUACAGCACCAUCUCAGCCCAAACCACUAGAAAAUGGAAUAAAUCACCCUAUUUCAUGAUAACUGAAAUUUUUGCUUUACAUGCUAAAGUCUUGGGCAAUCAUUCAAUGUGUUCUGCAAAGAGAAAAGAACAACGGGUCCUGUGUGGAGUUGGAAAGUAGCUAUCUUUGUGGUGGCAUUUAAUAAAAACUCUUGUAGAGGGUAUGGAA